AUGCGUCGACCUGAAAAGCUCCCAGAUUUCCGCCGUACUUGGCAGCAUUACGUUCCCAUACUGGGGCUUUAUCUCGGCCAAAUUCUUCAUAUCCAUCCGGGACUCGGCUUCAUCUGGCAGGGUGGAAUAACUGGGAACAUGAACAUUGAAGUACCCUCCAAGUCAAGUCCAGAGGAACUUGAAGACGAUCGCAUCGCCAUUAACGUGGAGACUGGCGGCAGGCUCACCAGAACCCAAGCAGCAGCCAUCAUAUCAGUUUUAUCCAGUCUGGCAGGCUGCUCUUAUCAACAGUACUCGGGUCAGCGUCAUCAUCAGUCCGAUCAGUAA